AUGCCGCCACGGAUAUCUCUGCUCGCGCCUCGGCGCAUAGCUUUCCGAGCCAGAACAAAUGCGCCGCAGCGCACGCUCGCCACGACUCCGAGCCGUUAUCAGUCCGAUCCCAUCAAAGGACCUGCGCAAGCUGAGCCCGGCAAGCAAACCAGUGGCGCCAACGAGUCGCAACUUCCACAUGUGACCGAAGAACAAGCUGCGAUGGAUGAGAUUAUGGGCGAAACGCCGCCGCAGACAGACGAUCAGAGCACGCCUGUUGCAGAGAUACUGCAACGUGAUCAAGAUGCCCAGAAAAACGCCCCCGAAGUCUUCAAAAAGGGGAUGAAAAAGCCCGGCGAGGGCCAACAGCGAUCGUUUUCUACCAGUGCGAGGAGGCUUGAAGCUGAGCUGCAAUCUGCUUCAGGUGCAGGCGAUGCGUUACCAGAAUCAAUGCUGGUAGCAAAGGUCAAGAAUGCGGCAGCGAAGUUCGACGAUACCCGUGCCGUAGGCCUCGACUAUCCCGACGCCGGCCCAGGUCACAAGUUUCCUCUCCCCGACAUGGAGAAAUGGAAGGUCACCGACCAUAUGCGUCGUCGCUACGACCCUGUGAUUGACCAAUUCACAAAAAUGAUCAUGCGAGAUGGCAAACUCGCCCGCGCGCAAAAGAACAUGGACCACAUCCUCAGCACCCUCCGUACCGCACCGCCCCCAGCCAUGAACAGCGCGCGACCCCUCCUCUCCGAUGCCUCGAUCAACACCACCCACACAACCGCGCCCGCCGUCCCCCGCGCCAAUCUCUCCAUGUCUCCCAUCCAAUACCUUACCUCAGUCGUCGACUCUGUAGCACCCCUCGUCAAGAUCCGCCAACAGCGGGGCGUGCUCGGCGGUGGGCAAUCACUGCCAAUCCCUGUGCCAUUGCGCAUCAAGCAGCGCCGCCGCACCGCCAUCAAGUGGAUCAUCGAGGGGAGCGAGAAGCGCACCGAUGUCAGCCUCAAGGAGCGCGUGGCGAGGGAGAUCAUGGCCGUCGCGUCCGGCAGCAGUGGCGUCUGGGAGAAGCGCGCGGGCGUCCAUCGUCUGGCUAUCACGGCUAGGAGUAAUGUACGGAGUAACACGGCACGAGGUCGGAGGCGGUAG